AUGGAAUCCCCUUCUUCUUCUUUAUGUAACCUUGAAUAUGAAGUUACUUCAUCCUCCUUCUCUGAUCUUAUUGACUGCCCAGUUUUGGGAUACUCCCUUUGGGACCGUCAUUUGUUCAUGCCAGAUAGUUGUUUCGAGGUAACCCCCGCAACGGAGCGGUUUAACGAUUCCCUCUCUCCAAUUUCUCCAACAGACACUGAACAGAGUCAUAAUGGGAUCCAAGGUUGCAGUGAUGACACUAGUGUGGAGAGUUCUGAGGUAGGUGAAGUGACAAUUGUGGAGGAUAAUUCAAGCAAGAAAGAAGGUAGAGGAAGGCGUCCUGUUCCAUCAACGUUAAGCAGGGAGGUUAUUUCCAGCUAUUUCCACAUGCCAGUUUGUCAAGUUGCGGAGGAGUUAGGGAUAGGGGAAACGACGCUCAAGGAAAGACAGGAUUUUGAAGAAAAUCCGAAGGAUGCUUUGACAAGGUCGACUAUAGGGGUUUUGAAAAAUAGGCAUAAGCUACUGUCUGACAUGCCGGGUUCAAACUUAGAUCCCGAGACCCUGUGUUUGAGGAAUGCCUACUUCAAGUUAAAUUAUUUGAAGAGAAAGCUUAGAAGAGCGAUGAUAUCUUCAUCUCCUUCUGUAAGCUCCCCUUGGACUCCCAUUUCUACCGCAUGUAUUGGUACGGAGGGCGACGAGGAGGAUAUGGAUAUCCCCCUGAAAGAACUUUUGAGAAGGUCGAAGGCGAGCCCCCUCUCCUUCGUGAAUGUUGUGACCCCGGUGAUAAUUGAAGGUGUACCCCCCAAUGGAUAA